AGGAGGAAUCAGGGGACACCUGCAGGAAUCUCCGGCUCUCUGUGUACACCGUGUUCAUCCGUGAAUUGGUCCCGGGCUCUGUUGAAGCUCGGGGACAGUGACUUAAACAAAGAUGACCUGGACAGUCCACACCUGUCUCAUCACGCUCGCCAUCCUCUGCGUUUGGCAGGCUGAGGUAGCAGAAACAUGCAGCUGCAUAUGGAGGCUUCCUCAGCAGCAAUUCUGCAGCGCAGACGUAGUUAUGAAGGCAAAAGUACUUGGAGGGCUCAAGGUUGGAAAAACUAAGCAUGGAAGCCUCCACAUAAAAGAGUACAACAUCAAACAGCUCAAGAUGUUCAAAGGGAAAUGCACUAAAAUCAAUACCGUCUCCACGUUCACCUCCUCCUCUCUGUGCGGGAUAACUCUGAAGUAUAACACGGAAUAUCUCCUCUCAGGCUCAUUGCGGGAUGGGAAGAUGCAUGUCAGCUCCUGCGAUUUUGUCAGACAGUGGGAUACGUUGACUGACAGCCAGAGGGAGGGUGUGGUCUCCCAGUAUGAACAGGGCUGUGGUUGCAAGAUCGUUCACUGCUACUCUUCGCCCUGUGCCGCCAGCAGCUCAGCGGAGUGUCUGUGGGGUGAUGAAGCGACAGAGACAAAGCUCUUUGGAAAACGGACCACAGGCUAUACUUGUACCAUGAAGAGUGACAAGUCUUGUGCCUGGUGCAAGAACGGCGGGAAAAAUUGCAUUGACCUUAAAGACGCUUAAAUCUACCACUAUGCCACAGAGUGAUCAGAACACAAAUGCAAUAAAUAAAGUCAUCUCAGUGUAACUUAUUUUACUUUCCUGUGAUUGAAAACAUUUUAUUUAUUUUUUGGUUUCAGGACAUUUUUUUCCCUAUUUAUCAGUCUUAUGAAUUCAGCACGUUCUAAAGCCUCUACCCCAAAAUCUAAAGCACUUUCUUAUAAAUCGCCUUGCUCUUAAUUGAAAUAAAGGGAUAUGCAUCACAA